AGAAUGGCCGGAGCGCGCUGAACGCUGCUGCAUAUUUUACCAGCGAAGAAGAACUCGAGGCUGCACGCGUGUUUACUCGGGACAGACGUAUAUUUUGUUAAGUUUUACAUUUUCGGGAUUUUUCUGAAUCUUCGACCGGAAUAAAAAUGCCUAAGGUCAAGGCGGAGAAGAAAAACCGGCAGCACCAAGAGGUCAAAAACCAAGGGAUCAUGUUUAACACCGGCAUGGGUCAGCACAUCCUGAAGAAUCCACUGGUUGUCAACGGGAUCAUUGAGAAGGCUGCCCUCAGGCCAACUGACGUGGUUCUGGAGGUGGGACCCGGUACUGGCAACAUGACAGUGAAGUUGUUGGAAAAGGCCAAGAAGGUGGUGGCUUGUGAGUUGGACGGCAGAUUAGUGGCUGAACUUCAGAAAAGAGUACAGUGCACACCCAUGCAGGCCAAACUUCAAAUAUUAGUCGGAGAUGUACUAAAGACAACUCUGCCUUUCUUUGACGUGUGUGUGGCUAAUUUACCGUACCAGAUUUCAUCGCCGUUUGUCUUCAAGCUCUUGUUGCAUCGACCUUUCUUCAGGUGUGCCGUGUUGAUGUUCCAGAGAGAGUUUGCCAUGCGACUUGUGGCCCAACCUGGAGACAAGCUGUACUGCAGACUGUCCAUCAACACUCAGCUUCUGGCCCGCGUCGACCAUCUCAUGAAGGUGGGGAAGAAUAAUUUCCGUCCUCCUCCAAAAGUAGAGUCAAGUGUUGUCAGGAUAGAACCUAAAAAUCCUCCUCCUCCAGUUAACUUCCAGGAGUGGGAUGGCCUGGUGAGAAUAGCCUUCGUAAGGAAAAACAAAACUCUGAAUGCGGGUUUCAAGUCUACUGCCGUCGAACAGCUGCUGGAAAAGAACUAUAGAAUUCACUGCUCUGUAAACAACGUGGUAGUGCCAGAUGACUUCAGCAUCACAAAGAAGAUUGAGAGUGUUUUGCAGGAGGCUGAUUUCAGUGAGAAGAGAGCCAGGUCUAUGGACAUCGAUGACUUCAUGGUGCUGCUUCAUGCAUUCAACGCUGCAGGGAUCCACUUUUCUUAAACGGCAGAGCGAUCUGAGGAGAUUAAUACGAGGGGGCAGGUUUUGGUCACAUCGGUGGAAAGAAAUGGAUUGUCUGACUGAUCACUUUUCCCUCUAGAGCUUUGGUUAAAUAGUUGGAAAAAUGUGUAAAGAAUGGAAGAGACAUUUAAAGGGCUCAUAUUGAGUGUGCUAACAAGUAUAAAGUGUCUGUCAGCAUGUAUGAGCAGCGUCUGGGUUGCAUGAGGACCUGCCAGUGGGUUUCAUACUCAAACAAUAUCUGUAAUGGUUGAUUAUUCUGAGCAAUCUACAUUUAAUGUUUGACUGACCUUGUUAUGAUGGUAGAUAUUUAAUAUUUAAAAGAUUUGUGUACAAUCUACCUAAAUCAUUCAGAUUGUACAGAAGUAUUCUUUUGUGAACUCAUCUGAUUAAAUGGUACCGCAAGCAACAGCUUCAACUACUGACUGCUGAGGCUGAUGGUAAAGCCAGUCUUCCAAGUUGAGGUCUCUUUGGCUGAGACACUGAAUCACACAUUGCUCCCUUAAAAUGGAAGACAUGAGUCCAAACUUGGUACAGUAUGUGUGUGAAAUGAUUCAUGUCUUCCUUUAGUGUUAAGGGAUUGUGAGUGGUCACAAGUCAGUUUUUUUAAAUUAGCUGGUGGAAGACACUUCAGAUGAAAGUUAUUUGUAUUUGGAUAACAUCAAAUGUCACAAAAGCCAUUUAAAU